UCUGCUUUUCACAUAGGAUGUAAAAGGAAAACAAAUUGGAAGAGAUACUUCUGGGUUGUUUUUUUUUGCGAGGUUGCUUAUAUUCAUCUUAUCUCGGAUUUCAGAAGAAAAAAAAAUUAAUUUUUUUUUCUUUCACAAGGAAAAUAUUCACGUCUGCAUUUCAUUGGUGGUAUUUGUGGUAGAGAGAAAAAAAAAACAUUUGCAGAAGUGGGAAAUUUCGUUGGUGAUAACAAUUUUGGUUGGCAAUCAAACUUUUGUUGGAAUUGAAAACAGGAGAAAUAAUGGAUUACUCUGAUCUUCCAUAUCAGGGCCCCUCAAAGCAUUGCUAUGACUUCAAUCAAGGUGGAGGUCAAAGUCGACAGUAUGCAUUUCCAGGGGUCACACCGAUCCCUGUUGCAUAUACAGAGAUGGCAAUUUAUGGGACACCUGAUAAUUCCAAAGGAGGGAAUCGAAAACGCAAGGGUGGAUCCGGGAGGGAGUCAGAUGAAGAAGAUGGGCAGGGAGGAGGCUAUAACCAGGAACAGGCAGACAAAGAGAGAUUUGCCAGAGAAAGCCACUGUGAGAUUGAGAGAAGAAGGAGGAACAAGAUGACCUCGUACAUCAAUGAAUUGUGUGACAUGGUGCCCACCUGUAGCACGCUCGCCCGCAAACCAGACAAGCUGACCAUCCUUCGAAUGGCCGUGUCCCACAUGAAAACUCUAAGAGUAGCUGGAAACACCAGUGUGGACGGUUCUUACAAGCCCUCCUUUCUGACCGACCAGGAACUCAAACAUCUGAUUUUAGAGGCUGCCGAUGGCUUCCUGUUUGUGGUUCAGUGCGACUCUGGUCGGCUCAUUUACGUCUCCGAUUCCAUCACACAAGUCCUGCACCAGUCUCAGGCUGACUGGUUCGGAAACUCCAUGUACGACUUGGUCCAUCCGGACGAUGUGGAGAAGGUGAGAGAACAGUUGUCCACAACAGAAUCUCAGAACACAGGCAGAAUCCUAGACCUGAAAACUGGAACAGUAAAGAAAGAUAGCCAUCAAACCUCCAUUCGACUGUGUAUGGGGUCGCGGCGGGGCUUUAUUUGCAGAAUGAAGAUGGGCAACAUGGAAGUGAACACCAUGAGCGCGAGUCACACCCACCGGGCAAGACAGAGGAACACCCUGGGCCCCUCUCCCGACGGAAACCACUACACCGUGGUACAUGUCACAGGCUACAUCAAGAACUGGCCCCCCUCAGGUGUCCAGAUGGACAGGGACUCGGACGAGAACUCAAGCACACACUGCUGUCUGGUGGGCAUAGGUCGUCUCCAGGUUACGAGCACUCCAAACUGCAGCGACCUGAUGGGACCAAACGGAGGCACUGAGUUCAUCUCCAGGCACAACAUGGAUGGAAAGUUCACCUUUGUGGACCAAAGAGUGACAGCUGUUCUUGGUUACCAGCCAGCGGACCUCCUGGGAAAAACGGCUUUUGAUUUCUAUCACCCGGAGGACAAAGCGCACAUGAAAGAUACUUUUGAUCAAGUUUUGAAGCUGAAGGGUCAGGUGAUGUCCAUCAUGUACAGGUUCAGGGCCUCCAACCAUGAGUGGGUGUGGCUUAGGACCAGCAGCUUCAGCUUCCAGAACCCGUACACUGACGAAGUGGAGUAUAUUGUCUGCACAAAUACAUCCGCUAAAAGUGUUCAGCAGGGAGCUGGUGCGUCCACUGCUCCAGGAAUGCCAAGCGAACAACCACAAGAUCCAAACCCGUCCAUGGCCUCAUUUAACACCCCUCCUAGGGGCCCCAUGCCCACGGAAAUGAACAUGCAGUCAGCCAACAAGCACGACUUCCGGGAACCCUUCCAGGACUACAGCUCUGUUCUGACUGGAGCCAGACAAGUGGGCAGACCAGAGAUGUACAAUUAUAGUUCACCUUCUCAAAUGAAGUACCCUGGGCAGAACACAGCCACCAACAUGCCUAUGUCCCAGCCGUCCGGUGUUUCUGGGGUCAGGAGGAGUCCUAACCCUGGGGGUUGGGCAGGGCCCGCAGGCUUCCCUCAGAACCAGGGAGGUGCUGAUUUCGGCAGCAACCCUGCCUCAGGAUUUUCUCAGAUCAGUCCAAACAGUUCUUCACCAGCUGGCCCUCCUACCUAUACUCAGCUAGGAUCACAGAAUAUCCCCAGCUCACAGCCAAAUAACUUUUCUCAUUCCUCUCCCCCCUCUUCAACUGGGCAGGGCAUGUGGCCCCAACACUGGCAGGGAGGGGCAGCAGAAGCCACACAGAACCCCCAAGGGCAGCCCCCACCUCCUCCCAAUGGCCAGCAGAAUGAGGAGUUCAGUGAUGUUUUGCGCAUGUUGGACCCCCCAGGCCAGGAGUUUAAUGAUCUCUCAGGGAUGUUUAACACGUUCCAGGACUAAAAUCAGCAUAACAGAAAGCACUCAUCUUUAUAUCAUCAUUCUCAACUGAACAGACCAUUCUUAUAUACAUUAUUAUAUGUUUAUACCAUAAUGAAACGUUCAUCAUUCGUUUCAUACGAGAAGAGUUUUAUUGUUUUGAUUUAUACUUCAGUUUCCAAAGAUCCUUAUUUUGUUAUAAUCAGUUGCCAAUGGAGAUUAGGGGGUCUAACAAACAAAAUUCUGAAACACAUUAUAUUAUUUGCAACUGCGUUGCUUAUCAAUAUUUUAUGAAAACGAUUCUGCUUGGUUCUUUUAUUGACUACAUUGAUGUAGAGGAACAGAUUAGCAGAUAGCUAUAUAUAUAGCCUAUUGCCAUUGCACUUGGGAUCACCUUUAUUAUUCAUCAUGCAAUAUGCGAAUUUUUGUUUUUUAUUUCAUAUGUUUUAAGCUGUUGAAAAUCUGUUAAUUUUGUGUUUGUUGAGUAUAAUUUAAUAUGGUACAUGUAUAAGAUCAUGCAAUUAUUUAAAAACAUUUUACUUAAUGCCCAUUAAUUAUGUUUUAGUAUUUUGCAGCAGUAUUUAGUUUGGUUUUUUUUUGGGGGGGUAGGGGGUUAGGGUAAAGGGGGGCAUUCUUAAAUAUUAGCUAAUUUCAAUUAGCUAUUUGAAUUCUUUUGUAGUGUCAAAGAAUUUAUUCUCCGCAAAAUAGAAGACCAAUUCAAACUGAUAAGCUUCCGUACAUUAUCAAGAUACUUUGAUAUGAUAAAAAUAGGCAGAUGUUAGGCCCAGGAUAUACAUACAGUGUUGUGCUACUUCACUUAAAUGCUACCAUUAUGAUAUAUUUGGAAUUUUGAAAGUGGGACAGGGGAUAAAUUUUGCAUUUUCCUCUUUAACUUGUUGGGUAAAUUGCCACCCUUUGCUUGCAAAUAAUUAUCUGGUAUUCAGAUAGAUUAAAUGUUUCUAAGGCUCGUUUUAAGCCUUUUUUUUUUUUUUUUUUAAAUUUUAUUAAGAUAUUGUGGAAAAUCAUGUUAUAAUUUUUAUGUUGCCUGUUUACAUGUGUUACCACCCCAAGAUUGUUUUUGUUUGGUUUUAUUUUGGCCUUUUAAAUUUUACUAUUUAGAGGGAAAUAGUCCUUGGAGUCAGUUUUAGAUAAAAUGCUUUUUUAGCACAUGCUGGGUUGGGUUGCCAGUUUUAAAGGCAAAUUAAACCUCUGCAAUGCAUAAAGAACUCCUGUACAUAUCUGUAGAUACAUAUAUAUGGCAUGUGUUGGUAAUGAGCUUGCUAACUCUUGAAUAGAAAUAUGGCAUGAUGCAUUCCUUGUAAGUGUACAACCCCUGAUUUUACUUUAAUGUUACUGAACAUUUUUUAAAUAAGAAAACUUGACAAAAUUUUACUUUCCCAUGCUUUUGUUAUGCUGCCAUGGCACCCUCUUAUUCUCUUCUUGAUUUUUUUGUCUCAUUAAAAUGUUUCAUCUGAUAGAAAGAUCUGCCACUUUGUUCACUGGUUCGUUCAUAUUUAGCAUUUUAUGUACGUGUAUUUAUUCAUAUAUUAUUCCGUAUAUAAACAGUUAUAAGAUAAAAAAGCAAGUGCAAUUUUGAAUCUACUGUUAACUCACUUGGGAUGAUUGAAUUUCCCACAUGAUGUGAGAUGAAUAUACCAACCACAGAUGUAAUGGUUUUAUAGGCUUUUUUUCAUCUGUUCAGGGUAUAAGGAUGUAUCAUGUAUGACAUUAGUCCAAAAAUAUAUAUUUAUUUUACAUUGAUUUAUUAUUUAUUGUCAGAAUAUGUUAAUUUGAUAUGAUUCAAAGGUCUUUCUCUCUUUAGGAAUUACUGGUAAUUCUUAAGUCAACAGUAAAAUAUUCAUAUCUUUGUAUAACUGUUACAAUCAAAUCAAGUUGAAACUGCCAUAUUAGUUUUGAUCACACAAAUCAAUUAAUUAUUUUAGGUAGAUGAGGUUUCGAAAAAUUGUUUAUGAUCCUGUGGAUUUUACAUCUCAUGAUCUGUACGCAUUUUUACUUAUCAACAACAAUUGUGCUGAAAUUGAUAAAUGGGUAGAGGGUAAUAGAAAGCAACAAAACAAACAGUAAUGUGCCAUAAUCUAUAACCCCUCCCCUGUUAAUUCUAAAUGCAUCGCCAUUCGGUAGACAUUGAUAGACAUUGAUAGACAGUUUAGAGACUUUUCUUCAAAUCAAAACAUUGUUGAUAUAGAUGCAAGUAGGUGAAUGUAUUUAGAUGUACAGUAUAUUUAUAUUUUCACAUUUUUAAACAAAGAAAUCAAAAUAUUCAACAUCAUUUUUUCUACCAUUUUCAAUUCUUUCAUCUCAUAAGACCUAAACACACAAUUUGCUUUUAUUCUAUGAUACAAAAAUUUAAGUUGUUCAUAGAUAUAUUGUUUAUAUAUAUUUGUAAGCCUUUUUCUUAUACCAGUAUUAGGGCUCAAACCAGAGAAAAUUACAAAAUUUAUUUAAUCACAGAAGGUACCGUACUUUUUUUUUUAAAAGUGUCCAAUAUUUCAUUUGCCUGCCUCAGACUGGUUGGUAGAAUCCGCAGAAAUCAACAACACACAUGUACAUGUUCAGAAUUUUAUAAACAAAAAGCACAUUUUCACAGAAACUGAUAUUCAUUGCCAGGAAGAUUUUUGGAUGUUUUGAAUUUGUUUUUUUUUUAUAUAACAUUAACUGUUACGUUUCUACAAGUGAAUUUUAUAUUCAUCAUUGUUUUGUAUAAAUCCCCUGUAUGUCUGUUGUCAUUCCUUGUAGUAUACGAAUUAAAAUCAUUUACAUAUA